AUGGAUAUUUUGUUCUUAUGCUAUUGGUGCUUAGUGGUUACUUGUAUUUCACAUCAACAGCUUUCUCGCGAGGAGGUGCGUCGCGUAACUUCAAAUGCAAAUGAAUAUGAAGCUGAACAAUCUGCAGCUCCUGGAGGUCGCGGCAGCUUAAGCUCUGGUAGAGGUCGUUCAUCUGGUCGAGUAUUGGUUGGUGCCCCAUGGAGCCGUAGCUCCGGUUUCGCUGAUUCUACUUUAGAUUUAGAUGGAGAUCGUGGUCGGGGCCGCGGCCGCGGUCGUGGUCGAGCUGCUGGCCCCUCCUGGCCAAACUCAUCAAUCGAGCUGUCGCGCGACCUGGCACCUGCAAAAAUCACUAAUGGCAUCUCUCUGGAAAAUUCUGCCGCAGCUGAUGCUGAUGUAGAUUGUCAACUCAAUAUUCCGAUGACUACGAGAGCUACUGGUGCUUGGAGCCAGCGUAUUUCGCAUAAAAACAGCCCAGUUAUAAUCGGUGGCAAAGAUGAUAAUGGCAGCACCGACAAUGAAGUCGCUGUCUUGGCUGGAAAAGUCGAUAAUACAGAUGUCUAUGCUGUUGACCACAAUCCUUGCUCUGCUGUCCAUUCUGGGAUAGGCCUGAAGCAAGCCACUUAA